CUCCUUCAUUCUUUUCCAGUAGCUUCGACAAAGUUGAAAGCUCCACUGGAGAAGAAGCACAAAACCACGAAAGAAGAGAAUGCCAUUCAUCAGCCAAAUUCAAAGGCAAACAGAUUACAGAUCGUUUCCUUCAUCCGUUCCAAUUGUCAUCGACAAUGGCGGCUCCUAUUUUCGCAUUGGAUGGGCUGGUGAGUCUGAUCCUAGGGUAAUUUUUCGCAACAUUGUUCAGAGGCCUCGCCACAAAUCUACAGGGGAAACUGUAUCUGUUGUUGGCGAUCAUGAUACUACGUUGCUGAAAUAUUUUGAUUGUACUCGUUCAGGACCGCGGUCAGCUUUUGAUAACAAUGUUGUUUAUCAGUUUGAGAUUAUGGAAUAUAUUCUUGACUUUGGAUUUGACCGGUUGGGCGUCGAUGGGCCUGGGGUUGAUCAUCCUGUAUUGAUCACAGAAUGUCCAUGCAAUCCAGUUUCAUCACGCUGUAGAAUGGCAGAGCUUCUUUUUGAGUCUUAUGGAGUUCCUUCUGUGGCGUUUGGUGUUGAUGCUGCGUUUAGUUACACAUAUAAUCAGCGACUUGGUGUUUGUGAUAAAGAAGGCCUUGCUGUUUGCAGUGGAUUCAACACGAGCCAUGUCAUACCAUUUGUUGAAGGUGAGCCUGUUUUUGAAGCGUGCUGCCGAAGUAAUGUUGGUGGAUACCAUGUUACUGAUUACAUGAAGCAGCUUCUUUCCCUGAAAUAUCCACAGCACUUGGCUAAGUUUACAUGGGAGAAAGUUGAAGACUUGAAAAUGGAACACGGUUACAUUGCUCAAGACUACGCUUCAGAGGUUAAAUUGUUCCAGAAUGAAACUAAUGAAGCUGAAGAAAAGACUAGGUGUUGGCAACUUCCAUUUACUCCUCCACCUGUUGAGGAGCAACCUUCUGAAGAGGAGAUUGCAAGAAAGGCUGCUAUCAAAGAGAGACAAGGUCAACGAUUGCGGGAAAUGGCUGAGGCAAAGAGGGCAUCACGAAUUAAUGAAUUGGAAAAUGAGCUGCGUGGUUUGGAUUUUCUUCUGAGGCAGCUGGAGAAUGUAAAUGAGGAUGCCGUUCCAGCAUUUCUUUCAAGUACCGGCUAUGUGUCUAAACAGGAAAUAGAAGCUUCUGUUGCUAAGGUGAACCAAUCUUUGCGAAAGACUAAGCGUGAACAAGUUGAACUGGAGGAGAAGGCAGAGGCAGUAACAGCUGAAAAGUUUCCACUUGUUGAUAUCCCUGAUAACAUGCUGACUCCAGAUCAGCUGAAGGAGAAGAAGAAGCAGAUCUUUCUCAAGACUACAGCUGAGGGUCGUCAGAGAGCUAGACAGAAACGUGCUGAAGAGGAAUUACAAAGAGAGAAGCAAAAUCAACUAGAGGAAGAAAAGCGUUUAGAAAACCCUGAGAUGUACUUGGAGAAGUUGCGAACCAAAUAUAAAGAGCUUUCAGAAAAAGUUGAACAGAAGAAGCUGUUAAAGACGAAUGGAAACAGCACGAAUGGAAAUUCUACAUCUGGUGGUGUCGGUCGUGGUGAGAGAAUGAAUGCUGCAAAGAAAGAGAGAAUGCGCUUAUUAACAACAGCUGCUUUUGAUCGAGGGAAAGGUGAAGACACUUUUGGCGCUAGAGAUGAAGAUUGGCAACUCUACAAGUUAAUGAGUAAAGAUAAUGAUGAUGAGGAUGAGGGUCCUGAUGUAGAUGAGACGGAGUUAGCACGCAUCUCUUCUAGACUCCAGGAUAUUGACCCGACCUUCACUCCAAAACCAGACUCUGGAUUGUGUCAACCUGCUGAUGUUCCACGCGCUCGUCCUCUCACCAAGGAGGAUUUCCAGAUUAUAAUGGGGGUGGAAAGAUUCCGAUGCCCAGAAAUUCUAUUCAACCCUAAUAUAGUUGGGAUUGACCAGUCUGGAUUGGAUGAAAUGGUUGGUAUAUCUAUGAGAAGGUUUUCACCCAAGGGCCAAGGUUUGGAGGAGAAGUUGACCAGCUCCAUCCUCUUGACGGGUGGGAGUUCUCAAUUCCCCGGCUUGAGUGAGCGUUUGGAAGCUGGAGUCCGCAUGAUUCGGCCAUGUGGGACUCCUAUUAGAGUAAUUAGGGCAAACGAUCCUAUAUUUGAUGCAUGGCGAGGGGCUUCUUCAUAUGCUGCUUCUUUGCAUUUUCCUGAGCAAACUUUCACUAAAAUGGAUUAUGCAGAAAAGGGUGAAGAUUGGCUUCGGAGAUACAAGUUCAGGUAUACGCUAUGACCAAACCACUAGUGCACCAGAUGAAAAGGUCCUCGAGUAGGAGUAUCCAUAGAUGUAUAAAGGAAGUUUAUGUUUAUUGUUAGUCAACUUAAUCAAUUGGCAAGAAUGCAAGAUCAUUUUAGCUUGACACACGUUUAGUCAAGAUUUAGUUUUGUCAAUAAUCUCAAUAGGGUAGAUGUCAAGUUACAAAUGCGGAGAUUCCCAACAUACAUGAGAAGCUCAACACUUUUGAUUGUCGUUUGUCCAAUGUAAUUUUGUUCUACUCUAUACGAGUUUUUUUUUAUUAAAAAAUUAGGGUAUGUUCUCUUCUUCAA